UCCUCUCCCCUCGACUUUCUUUUUCUGCCCUUCUACCAAACAAAGCCUCAAACCAGAAAAUAUACCAACGUUCCUUUCUCCCUCCCAUCUUAUUAUAUAAAAAGAAAUUAUUGUUCACAUCAUGACAAGAGAGAUCACAUGCCUCCACAAGUAUAUAAUCGCAACCUCUCCGAGGAAAACAAAGAAGGUGUAUGCCAUUCCCAACAAGAAAAUGAACCGUUCCUUCUCUCCCUUGCUCCUCUCUCAUCCCUUUAUCCUCUUCUUCUUCUUCUCCACCUUCCAUGGUGUAGUAACUGGCAGCACCCUCAUCCAAAAAACUUGCAACGUCUCUGCGAAGACUGAUCCCAACCUACCCUCCGGCUUCUGCGUGACUUCCCUCCAAGCAGCUCCGGCCAGCGAGUGCGCGAGCCUGCGAGGACUAGGAAUGAUCUCGAUGAGACUAGCUGGAGACAAUGCGACCGACACGAGGUGCUACAUUACGAGGCUUUUGAAGAACCCAACGUUGAAUCCAUUUGCGAGGGGGUGCUUGGUAGACUGCCUUGAUUUGUAUUCUGAUGCAAUCCCUGACCUAGCAGAAGCCAUGAAAAGCUACAGGGCUGGGCGCUUUGAUGAUGCCAACAUUCAGGUGAGUGCAGUGAUGGAUGCCGCUUCCACUUGUGAGGAUGGAUUCAAGGAGAGAAGGGGUCUGGUGUCUCCAUUAACCAAGAGAAACAAUGACUUGUUUAAGUUGUCUGCAAUCACACUUUCUAUAAUGAAUUUGCUUCCCUGAUUUAUAUAAUUGUUGUAUGUAUAUAUAUAUAUAUAUAUAUCUUAUUAGCUAGUUGUAUGGUUCAUAAUUUAUGAUGCCUAUUUUUUUUUUUUUUAAAUUAAGAUCUUUGAUACAAUUGUAAUGUCCAUUAUUAUUGUGUUAUACACUGCCCAAGAAAUGGGUUGUUCUUCA